UGAGUGGAAGGGAUUUAAUGCCCAAGUCCGUCGGAGGGGCGAGACCCUCGCUGCGCUCUGGGGCCGCUUCGUUCUUGUUGCUGCGAUCGCUGCCCGGCUGUUUCCCUUUUCCCUUUUCUUUUUCCUGCCCCCUCCCCAUUUCCUCCCCGCUGCCGCCGUCUCGGACGUCUCAGCCGUCUCUUCCCCGCAGAGGCGAGCAGAGCUCCUCGGAGCCAAGCUAACCCCAGGGCCGCUGCAUCUGCACCUCUCUUCCCCCAGACCGCUGCGAAACCUUAACCCCAUCAGGUCUGCGCAAGGGGACUUCCACCGCAACCCUAUCCCCGAAAGCAGGGGCUGCUGAAAGAGGAUGCUUUGUUCCUAGGGCCCGCCUGCCUCAGUUCUGGUCUCCCGCCAGAUUGCCCCGAGAAUGCGACUUCCUUUUGUCCCUCCUGCCCUCUUUUUCUUCCUGGCAUCUGCAACCUGCUUUCCAAAGGACCUGAUCCCUCUGAGCACUGUUGGUGUGACAGGAACGGCCCAAUACCCUUACUUCAGAGGCCUCGCCGGAGACAAUGACACAGCCCAGCUGGGACUGGAUUUCCAGAGCAUGCAGCUCCUCAACCGGACCCUUUUCAUCGCUGCCCGGGACCACGUCUACGCCUUCGAUCUCCGACGGACCAAGGAUGACUUCUCUCCAAUCAGGCAUCUCACGUGGAGGACACAAGACAUGGGCAAGUGUGCAAUGAGAGGAAAGCUUCAGAGCGAGUGCUACAACUACAUCAAAGUCCUAGUUCCGAAGAACGACCAAACACUCUUGGCGUGCGGCACCAACGCCUUCAACCCGGUGUGUCGGACCUACAAGAUCAGCAGCUUGGAACAGGAAGGGGAAGAACUGAACGGGCAGGCACGGUGCCCCUUUGAUGCAAAGCAGCCCAACGUCGCGCUUUUUGCUGAAGGGAACCUGUACUCUGCCACGGUGGCCGACUUCCUGGCCAGCGACGCGGUGAUCUACCGCAGUCUGGGGGAGCGAAGCCCAGUGCUCCGGACCGUGCGCUACGACUCCAAGUGGCUGAGAGAACCCCACUUUCUGCAUGCUCUGGAGUACAGGGACUUCGUCUACUUCUUCUUCCGCGAGAUCUCCAUGGAGUACACCGCUCUGGGCCGGGUCAUCUUUUCCCCCGUGGGGGGGGUCGGCAAGAACGACCGGGGGGGCUCCCCUCGCGUGCUGGAGAAGUACUGGACGUCGUUCCUGAAAGCCCGUCUCAAUUGCUCAGUGCCGGGCGACUCCUUCUUCUACUUCGACGUCCUCCAGGCCGUCACGGAUGUGUCCCGCGAGAACGGGCCGGCCGGCCUCUUUUCGAUCUUUUCCCCCCCGACCCACAGCAUCAUGGGCUCUGCAGUCUGUGCCUUCUACAUGGACGAAGUGGAGCGGGUGUUUGACGGCAAAUUCAAAGAGCAAAAGAACGCGGACGCAGCCUGGACUCCCAUCCCCGAAGAGAAGGUCCCGAAGCCCAGACCCGGCUGCUGUGCCGGCAUUGGCAGAGCCUCGGCCUUCAAGACCUCCAAUGAUUUUCCCGACGAGAUGCUGAGUUUCAUCAAGUCCUUCCCUCUGCUGGAUGAAGCUGUGCCGUCCAUCGCCGAGCAGCCGUGGUUUACGAAGACCGCCAGCCGGUACAAGCUGACCCACCUGGCUGCAGACCCAGCGGCUGGCCCCUUCCGGAAUUACACAGUCCUUUUCCUGGGCUCGGAGGACGGCACGGUGCUGAAGAUGCUUUCCCGAAUGAGCGAGAACGCCACCGUGGAGACGCUGCUGCUGGAAGAGGUCUCCGUCUACCAUCCAUCCCAGUGUAGCAUCCGGAAGGCGGAUCGGCGGGUUCUGGGGUUCACGCUGGAUGCGGCCAACCACGCCCUGUACGUGGCCUUCUCCAGCUGUGUGGUACGGGUGCCCCUCAGUCGCUGCGGGGCCCAUAGCACCUGCCGAAGGAGCUGUCUGGCUUCCCGGGAUCCGUACUGCGUCUGGCUACACACAGGCGCUUGUGUCGCGUUCAACAAUGAGAUCAGAAGCGGAUUCGAACAAGACGUCGAAAAUGCAGCCAGGUACACGGGGAGCUGUCAAGACGUCGUCACAGCCACCGGAAAUCGGGAUGGCAGCAGCAACUCUGCCUAUGCCAUAUUGGAUCGGCCAUUUCAGAAGUCCCCGCAGGCGCCUCUCUACUGGGGCGCCGUGGCGGAGAGCCUGAGACCCUCCGCCAUGCAGACGCGCUGCUGGGCUGCCCGCGUUGCUGUGGCAACCGGCCUGCCGCAGCUGCCCUUCCGGCCCAAGGUGGCUGCUGGCCAAGGCUGGAUGGGAAAGAUGCAGACCGUGGCAGCCUCCACCUCCGGACCCUUCCCGGAGGUCCCCCAGGGGUCUCAUCCUGCUAGCUUGGCUCCUGACGCCCGGCCGGCCCCCGGCGUUGGGGACCCACGCUCCACCCUCCGCGUGGCUGUGAGCACUCAGGGGGUGCGGCAGGAGGCGGAGGGCCGGGACGGCGCCCGGACGGUCCACUUCACCUUCCUGAUCGGCUGCGUCUUCGUGGCGUUCCUCCUGGGCGCCUUCCUCUCGGGCCUGCUCGUCUCCUGCUACUGCAGCCACGCCGGGCAGAAGGGCAAGCACGGCGGCAGGGACCUGGAGAGUGGCCUGCAGCGCCCGCUGUCUCUGCGCAGCCUGGCCCGGAUGAACGGCCUGGCGGAGAACCCGGCCAAGGACGGGCUGGUGGAGGCGGCCUCCACGAAGCUCUACACCACGCUGCUGCCCAGCGAGAAGGAGCCGCCCAGCGCCGCAGCCCUGGCCAAGGCCGGCGCCAAGGAGCACCCGGAGCUGUCCGGCCUGCCCACGCCGGAGUCCACGCCGGAGCUGCCGCUGAAGAACAUGAAGGCCAUCCGGAACCAGUGGGAGCGGAACCAGAACUUCAACAACGCCAAGGAGGCGCAGGGGAAGCCCCCGCUCUUCCACACGCCGGGCGCCGCCUCCCACGCCUACCCGCUGCCCAGCGCCGUGGCUGUCCACGGCUACGACGCACCCCUGGUGGGCUACCUGGACGAGAAGAAGAUCCCCAACUCGGAGCGGGUGCUGGUGCGUCACUCCCAGUGCUACCUGCCCAAGGGGGUGGAGGUGACCACCCUGGAGGAGCUGCUCCGGCACCUGCACGAGACCCACGGCCCACCCAGGAAGGCCCCGGGCAGCGCCCCGGCCCACCUCCCCCCCGCUGCCGCCGCCGUGUCCUUCGCCAACCGCGUGCAGCCCAAGAUCCCCGACGUGGAGAGCGCCCCUUACUACAGCUCCUCCACCCUGCCGAGGGACAGCCUGCCCCGGAGGCUGGAUGUGCCCCCGGAUCCGCCGCCGCCGCAGGCCUGCCUGGAGAAGCCGGGCCGGCCGGCCGCACACAGACACUCGCUCUGCGCCGCCCCGAAGCUGGCGAACGUUGCGGGCGGCGCGGGGCUGGCCCGGCAGCACAGCCUGGGCCCGGCGGGGAGGCCGCCCCCCGCCGCCCUGCUCACCCGCAUGCACUCCACGGGCUCGUCGGUGCCCGAGGAGGGCCGCCCGGCCGCCUUCCUCGCCCGGCAGCACAGCUACGGGGAGCCGGCCCCGCUGCCCAGCCACGGCGGCAUCAAGCGCUCCGUCUCCCUGGUCAAGCCCAGCGCCCCCGCCCAGCCCCUCUUCAUGCCUUCCUCGCCCCCGGCCCGGGCCUCCGGGCAGUUCCAUUACUGA